AUGGGGUGUUACAAGGAUGAUCGUCCAGAGCUUGAUGGUGUUGUUUUUAAUUGUCUUUCUUUUGAGUAUUGGAAUAUGUUGGAGGCUCCGUUUUCAAUGGAGGAAGUUAAAGAAGUUGUUUGGCUUGGAUACUACUUUCAUGCUAGGGGUAAACUGCCUAAGUCAAUUAUGGCUUCAUUCUUGGAAUUAAUUCAAAAAAUUGAUAGCCCUCAACAGGUUGAAGAUUACAGGCCUAUUUGUCUAAUUGGAUAUUUAUAUCGUUUGUUGUCAAAACUGCUGGCUGGUAGAUUGAAGAAAGUUAUAGGUAAACUUGUUUCACCUAUUCAAUCGGCUUUUAUUGAAGGAAGACAAAUGAUGGAUGGAGUGGUUGUGUUGAAUGAGCCCAGCGGCAAAAUUUGUGGCGUCAAGAGGUCUCCGGCAAGGGGAUCCAAUGUCCCCGUUUAUUUUUCUUCUUGUUGUGGUGGUUUUCAUGGAUUUCAAUUCAAUCAGCAAAUUCAUUUCGAGCUAUUACAAUUCGCAAAUGACACGGUUAUGCUAUGUGAUGGGAGUUUGGACAAUUUGUGGUGUGUCAAGGCGGUUCUGCGAGGCUUUGAGCGUGUUUUCGGAUUAUGUAUCAACUUCAACAAAAGCAAAAUAUAUAGUAUCAAUAUUGGGGAGGAUAUGUUAACGGCUGCGACUAAUUUUCUCCCCUGUGAGAUUGGCAGAUUGCCUUUUCUUUUCCAUGGGCUUCCUAUUGGCGCAAAUCAUAGGAGAAAGGACACUUGGAAACCAAUCUUCAACAAAUUAUCUAGAAGGCUGGUGUUAGCUGGAGAUUUCGUUUAA